CUUUUUGCAGAAGCUAUUGGCACAUAUCUAUUGUGUAAAUAGUGCGAUAUCAAUGUCUCUUUCAUCCUGAGCCUUUAUAAGGAAAGCUGAAGUUGACUUGUUCACACUUUUAGAGACUUCUUUUCAUCCAAACCAUUAGACCUAGCUGUCUGUCUGUUCAGAAUGAGAGCUGUUGUUGUUCUCCUGCUUGUGGCUGUGACCAGUGCUAAGGUGUAUGACAGAUGUGAGCUGGCCAGAGCGCUGAAGGCAUCCGGAAUGGAUGGCUACGCUGGAAACAGCCUGCCCAACUGGGUCUGUCUGUCUAAAUGGGAGUCGAGCUACAAUACCCAGGCCACCAACCGCAACACCGACGGCUCCACCGACUAUGGCAUCUUCCAGAUCAACAGCCGCUACUGGUGUGACGACGGACGUACCCCGGGGGCUAAGAACGUCUGUGGUAUCCGCUGCAACCAGCUGCUAACUGAUGACCUCACAGUGGCGAUCCGUUGUGCCAAGCGUGUGGUGUUGGACCCAAAUGGAAUCGGGGCAUGGGUGGCUUGGCGCCUUCACUGUCAGAAUCAGGACCUGAGGUCCUACGUGGCUGGCUGCGGGGUCUAAGACCAUACUGGAGCAGCUGAACACUUCUCAAACCAUUCUGAAGCAGACUUAACUAAUAGGAUGGAUCCAUUCUGUACUAUCCAUCAGCAUCUGCAGCUUUAACUAGUAAACUUUCACAUAUUGAUACAUUUUAGAUUUAAGCAAUAAGGGCCUAGGGGGUGUGGUAUAUGGCCAAUAUACCACGGCUAAAGGCUGUUCUUACGCACGACGCAAAGCUGAGUGCCUGGAUACAGCCCUUAGUCUUGGUAUAUUGACCAUAUACCACAAACCCCCGAGGUGCCUUAUUGCUUUUAUAAACUGGUUACCGACCUAAUUAGAGCAGUAAAAAUAAAUGUUUUGUCAUACCUGUGGUAUACCACGGCUUUCAGCCAAUCACCAUUCAGGGGACGAACCACCCAGUUUAUAAUACAAAGUAAAUCACUAAUAAUCCGUUUUUUUUGUGUCAAAUGUAUAAUCAUAUAUCAUGUAUAAUAUUACUUCAUGUCAAAUCAGUAAACAGCUCAACAUGCUUACCCAUAAAAAUAAAACAAGUUCAUGUUUUA